UCUCCCUGUAGAAUAAUUGGCUUAGGGAAGAAAAGACAGAAAAACAGCACAACAUGUUCAUGUGCAGCUUGCUCUGACUACUCCCCUUUCCUGAAAGCAGCCCGAGUAAGAGCUGUUGGGAGUAGCCACCCAUUAAAGGAGUAAAUGAAGAAAUGGCAAUAAAGAAAUUCCAACUGUUGCCUUAGACAAAAAGAGAACUGUGCUUUGAAACUGUUUCCAGGAUAUUUUAAAAAAUUUUUCCUGACAGCUAAAUGCUAAGGAAACAGAAAAAUGUCUAUCAACAAACUCAAGCACUUGUGUGCAAAAAUUUUCUUAAGAAGUGGAGGAUGAAACGAGAGAGCUUAUUGGAAUGGGGGUUCCCAAUACUUCUAGCACUGUAUAUGGGUUUAGUUUCAUAUUUCAAAGACAAUAAACCAUAUCCUGAAAUGCCUCCUCAGGAUCUGGGAAGAGUAGAUCACUUUAAUAUCUCUUCUAUAAUAGUUGUGUAUACACCGAUCUCUAAUAUAACUGAGCAGAUAAUGAAUAAAACAGCGUUUUUGAAAGGAAGAGAAGUCAUUGGAGCACCAAAUCAACAAUCUCUGGAUAAAAUCCUCUUAGACCAUUUAUCAGAUGCAGUGGGAAUCAUCUUUAAUGACACUUUUUCUUAUAAGUUAAAAUGUAUGCAGGGAGAUACCAUUCCAUUUUUUAAUGAAGACAGUUUCUCAGUGCAUUGCUGGGAUACUAAAGAUACCUUUGAGUGUUCACUGUCCAAGUACUGGAAUGAAGGAUUUGUGACUUUACAGACUGCAAUUAAUGCUGCCAUCAUACAAGUCGUGACAAAUCACUCUGUGAUGGAAGAGCUGAUGUCAGUGACUGCUACAAAUAUGAAGACAUUACCUUUUAUUUAUAAGGAUGCCCUUCAAAGAGAGAUGUUUAUUUUGUGCUGCUUGCUUUACUUCUCCUCGUUUGUAUAUUUUGCAUCACUCAAUGUUACGAAAGAGAGAAAAAAGCAUAAGGAUUUGAUGAAAAUGAUGGGUCUAGAAGACUCAGCGUUCUGGCUCUCCUGGAGUUUAAUCUAUGCUGGCUUCAUCUUCAUUACUUCCAUAAUCAUUACAAUUAUCAUAACAACUAUGCACAUUAUAAUCAUGACAGGCUUCCUGGUCAUAUUUACACUCAUUUUCUUAUAUGGCUUAUCCUUGAUGGCUUUCUCAUUCCUGAUGAGCGUGCUGUUCAAGACAACUGCCCUCGCCAAUUUGGUUGUGUUUCUCCUCACUCUCUUUUCCGGGGCUGUGGGACUUAUUCUAUUUUACACCCAACUCCCUUCAUCUGUGCAGUGGAUUUUGAAUAUCUGUAGCCCUUUUGCCUUCACUGCUGGAAUGACCCAGAUUAUCCACCUGGAUUAUAACUUGAAUGGAAUAACUUUUCCUGACCCUUCAGGAGACUCAUAUAUAAUGAUAGCAACUUUUUUCAUAUUGGCUUUUGAUGCUUUUUUCUACUUGGUAUUGGCAUUAUACUUUGACAAAAUCUUACCCUAUGGAGAUGAGCGUCGCUGUUCUCCAUUAUUUUUCCUGAACUCAGCACCUUGUUUCCAACACCAGAGGACUAAUAAGAUGACUGAGCAAGAAAUAGACCCCGAGCAUCCCACUGAUGAUCAUUUUGAACCAAUAGCUCCAGAAUUUCAGGGCAAAGAGGCCAUCAGAAUCAGAAAUGUUAAAAAAGUAUAUAAAGAGAAGUCUGGAAAAGUGGAAGUAUUGAAAGGCUUGCUCUUUGACAUAUAUGAAGGUCAAAUCACAGCAAUUCUGGGUCAUAGUGGAGCUGGCAAAUCUUCAUUACUAAACAUCCUUAGUGGGUUGUCUGUUCCAACAUCAGGAUCGGUUACCAUCUACAAUAAAAAUCUCUAUGAAAUGCAAGACUUGGAGGAAAUCAGGAAGAUAACUGGUAUUUGUCCUCAGUUCAAUGUUCAAUUUGACAUCCUCACUGUGAAGGAAAACCUCAGGCUGUUUGCUAAAAUAAAAGGGCUUCUGCCACAGGAAGUGGGCCCAGAGGUACAGAGAAUUUUAUUGGAGUUGGACAUACAAAACAUUCAGGAUAACCUUGCUGAACAUUUAAGUGAAGGACAGAAAAGAAAGCUGACCUUCGGGAUAGCCAUGUUAGGAGACCCUCAAGUUUUGCUACUGGAUGAACCAACUGCUGGACUGGAUCCCUUUUCAAGGCAUCAAGUAUGGAAUCUCCUCAAGGAGCGGAAAGCAGACCGUGUGACGCUCUUGAGCACCAAUUUCGUGGAUGAGGCUGACAUCCUAGCUGAUAGAAAAGUGAUCAUGUCCAAUGGGAGAUUGAAGUGUGCAGGCUCUUCUGUGUUUUUGAAGAAAAAAUGGGGCCUUGGAUAUCACUUAAGUUUGUACAGAAAUGAAAUGUGUGAUCCAGAAAAAAUAACAUCCUUCAUUAAUCAUCACAUCCCUGAUGCUAAAUUAAAAACAGAAAGCAAAGACAAGCUUGUGUAUACUUUGCCUGUGGAAAGGACAAAUAAAUUUCCAGUCCUUUUCAGUGACCUUGACAAGGGUUCUGGACAGGGUGUGAUGAGUUACGACAUUUCCAUGUCAAAUCUGAAUGAAGUCUUCAUGAAGCUGGAAGCAAAAUCAACUAUCGAACAAGAGAUGAGAAAAGACACAGGAAGCCUGCGUGGCUUGGAGCCGGCUUGCUCUUCCGUCCCUGAAACACGGAAGGCUGUGAGUAACUGGGAACUCUGGAGGAUGCAGGCCUGUGCAAUAGCAUGGCUCCGUUUCUUACAGUUAAAACGUGGAAAGAAAACACUUUUGACCCUACUAUUGGUAUUUGGAAUCGCCCUGUUCCCUCUGAUUGUGGAAACAAUAUUUGAUGCUGUGUUAGUUCAAAGGAGCGAUUGGGAAUUUAAACCUGGAUUGUAUUUCCUCUCUCCUGGACAACUUCCCCAAGACUCUCUUACCAGUCUAUUGAUCAUCAAUAACACAGAAUCAAAUAUUGAAGAUUUUAUACAGUCACUGAAGCAUCAGAAUAUACUUUUGGAAAUAGAUGACUUUAAGAAUAGAACCACUGAUGACUUGUCAUACAAUGGAGCUAUCAUAGUUUCUGGUAAACAAAAGGAUUAUAGAUUUUCAGCUGUAUGCCAUACCAAGAGAUUGCACUGUUUUCCUGUUCUUAUGAAUAUUAUCAGCAAUGGGCUGCUUCGAAUGCUUGACAAUCAUACACAGUAUAUUCGAACUGAGAGGAGUGUAUUGCCUUUCAAUUACAUUUUAUGGACCGGGCUGCCAGAAGGCUACCUCUUCUUACUCUUCGUUUCACGUAGCAUUUCUCCCUACAUCGCCAUGGGAAGUGUCAGCGAUUACAAAAAGAGAGCUAAGUCCCAGCUAUGGAUCUCAGGCCUUUUCCCUUCCGCCUAUUGGUGUGGACAGGCGCUGGUGGAUGUUAACCUCUUCGCUUUUAUCCUCCUUUCAACAUAUUUAAUUGCCUACAUAAUAAACAUAGAGUACUUUUAUGUAACGAGUCGCAUUUUGUUUGCUUUGGUUGUAAUUACGCUUGGUUACGCAGCUUCUCUUGUCUUUUUGACAUAUGUGAUAUCAUUUAUUUUUCGCAAGAGGAGAAAAAAUAGUGGCCUUUGGUCAUUUUGCUUCUAUAUUACCUCAGCCAACUUUUAUGAAAUCGUUGUAAUGUAUUUAGACUUACCUGUGAUGAUAUUUGGCAUGAUAUUAUUGCCUUCAUUUACCGUGGAUGGAUUUGUAGCUUUUUUGGAAGAGAGAGGCUUCCAGCACCAAGAAAAACACCAAGACACAAAUUUCGACCUGAGUGAGGUUGAUCUUCUAGUAUGCCUAAUACCUUACAUUCAGGCUUUGCUAUUCGUUUUUGUCCUAAGAUGCAUGGAAAAAAAGUGUGGGCACAAAAUAAUGACAAAGGAUCCUGUUUUCAGAAUUUCCCCUCGAGGUCAAGAGGCUCGACCAAAUCCGGAAGAAACUGUCGAUGAAGACGAAGAUGUUCAAGCAGAAAGAAGCAGAACAGCAGCCGCCCUGACCAUUGCAAACUCAGAGGAGAAACCCGUCAUAAUUGCUAGCUGUCUACACAAGGAAUAUGCAAGCCAGAAGAAAAGUUGCUUUUCAAAGAGGAAGAAGAAAAUUGCAGCAAGAAAUAUCUCCUUCUGUGUUAAAAAAGGUGAAAUAUUGGGAUUGCUAGGACCCAAUGGCGCUGGUAAAAGUUCGUCUAUUAGAAUGAUAGCUGGGAUCACGAAGCCGACAGCUGGAGAGGUGGAACUGAAAGGAUGUAGUUCCGUUUUGGAUCACCAGGGAGACAGCAUGGUCAAGUUCCUGGGGUACUGUCCUCAGGAGAACGUGCUGUGGCCCAACCUGACGGUGAGGGAGCAUCUGGAGGUGUUCGCAGCCGUGAAAGGGCUGAGGAAAGCGGACGCUGCACCUGCCAUUUCACGAUUGGUGGAGACUUUCAAACUGCAUGAACAGCUGAGUGUUCCAGUGCACAAGCUAAGGGAAGCAGCCAUGAGGAAGUUGUGCUUCAUGCUGAGCAUCCUGGGAGGUUCCCCUGUCCUGCUUCUGGAUGAACCGUCUGCAGGCAUGGAUCCAACAGGACAGCAGCAAAUGUGGCAGAUGAUCCAGGCAGCCAUUAAAAACACAGAGAAGGGCGCCCUCCUGACCACCCAUUACAUGGCAGAGGCCGAGGCCAUUUGUGACCGCGUUGCCAUCAUGGUGUCCGGGAGGCUGAGAUGCAUCGGCUCCAUCCAACACCUGAAAAGCAAACUUGGCAAGGAUUACAUUCUAGAACUAAAAGUGAAGGAAGCUGCUCAAGUGACUUUGGUCCACACUGAGAUUCUGAAGCUUUUCCCACAGGCUGCACGGCAGGAAAGGUAUCCUUCCUUCUUGACCUACAAGCUGCCCGCGGUAGAUGUUCACCCCCUAUCUCAGGCCUUUCACAAAUUAGAGGCAGUGAAACAUAACUUUAACCUGGAAGAAUACAGCCUCUCUCAGUUCACAUUGGAAAAUGUAUUCCUAGAGCUUUGUAAGGAGCAAGAGGUGGGAAAUUUUGAUGAAGAGGUUGAUACAACCAUGAGAUGGAAAUUGCUCUCUCAUUCAGAAGACCCAUAAAACCUCAAGCCUAAUCAUUCCUUGAUGUCAUCUAAGCUUAUGUUAUAUGUAAUAAUUUGCAGGAUGUAUAAUCUUAAAAAUUGUUAACAUCGAUAUUUUGUAUAUUUAGUCAAUAAAUGAAUACAUUUUAAAAUUAUUCUUCCCCAUCAAAUUUAGGGAUUAUAGAAAAUCUAAUAAAAGCAGAACAGAGCAUUAAUGAUGUUAUCUGACGAGCCAGCCACUGGGUGUUGAAGAUCAAACCACAAACUUGGAAUUUUUCGAAGCAUGACUUUUUUGAAAUAUGACAUUUACUAAAAAAUUAUCUUGCUGAAAUAUGUGAAGGAUGUGUUCAACAUCCACAAACCCUGUGAUUGCUGCAUGCUAGUUUGUGAUACAUCAGGUUUUUACAUUUGCUUUAAUACCCAAGUACAACCUGAGAGUCUUCCUUGAAACCUUUUCAGAAUUUGUCUUGAAACUCACAGGGUCAGGGCCCCUUGGCUCGCAAAUGAAUAAGCACAUGCAUGGGAAAAGCAGUUCAAAUACACCUUUUGUAAGCAAUGAAAGUCACCGCAGCAUUUGUUCAGAUUUAUAAAAUUUUGAAUAUGUUAUAUUAAGUUCUUAUGGCUUGGGUGGUGGUGAUUUGCCUCAUCAAUAGUUUUCUGUGUAUUUACUGCUAUUUUUAAAUAAUUUUUAUGUUAUAUAAGUGUAUGCACAUGUGUGUACACACACAC